AUGUGUCCAUCUUCAUUCAAAUUCUUCUGGGCUCUGUUCUUCUUCUUCAUCUUUCCCCAAUCUUUCUCCAUUUCUUUCUUCCCCCGUAACAAUGUCACCCUUUUUGGUGACGCUUUCUUGAACAACCACACUAUAAUCCUAACUCAAGAACACAGCUGCACGCCGCCGCCUUCGCCGCAGGCGGUGGCGUUAGCUUCUCCUCCUCCUUCAAUCACUUCUCUUUCUGGACUCGGAAGAGCUUUCUACGUGAACCCAAUUCGAUUUCUUGAUCCUUCGUCGAAUGCCACUGGCUCUUUCUCUUGUAGAUUUUCCUUCACAAUCACAUCCACCCCUUCUUGUCCUUCCGGUGAGGGUCUUGCAUUUUUUAUCACUUCUAAUACAGGUUCUUUCAGUCUUUCUGAUGGUCAUAUGGGGCUUCCAGCAGAUUUUCAAGAUUCUUAUGUUGCUGUUGAGUUUGAUACAACUUUUAAUCCUUCUCUUGAGGAUAUUAACAGUAAUCAUAUAGGCAUUGAUGUUAACAGUGUUAAAUCAUUGGCUUCUGUUGAUGUUGUUUCAAAAGGGAUUAAUCUUAGGGGAGGGAAAGAAAUAACUACAUGGAUUGAAUACCGGGAUUCGGAGAAGAUGAUCCGUGUGUGGGUCGGAUACUCGAACCAGAUUAGGCCUAUUAGUCCUGUUCUUGAAGCUCAGAUUGACCUUUCCAAGCAAUUCAAAGAGUUUAUGCAUGUUGGAUUCUCUGCUUCUAAUGGAAAUGGCUCCGCUAUUCACACGGUUGAUAGAUGGCGAUUUAAAACGUUUUUCGGGUUUCUAUCUUCUACAAUGCCUAUGGAUACAGUUGAAGAAGGGGAUUGUUUUAUGUGUGUUCCAGGGGAUUCAAAUUUGGAGAUAAAUACCUUUGAUUAUAGUCAAUCAACUAAACGAAUACUAAAUAUGGCUCUUAUUGUUGGGGGAUUGGCUGCAGUCAUGAUCUUGUUAGCUGCAUUUCUUGUGAUUUGUUGUAUACGUUUGAUUAAAAGGAAACGAAUUCGAAGAGCACGUAGUGAACAUCAAAUGCGUAGAUUUCGUCGUGGUACGAUGGUUCCCCAAAUGUUAUCUCUGACUGAGAUAAAAUCAGCUACCAAUGGAUUCAAUCAGGACAAGAUUAUAGGUGAAGGAGCAUCAGCAGUUGUAUAUGAAGGGAAAAUUCCCUCUUGUGGAUCCGUGGCAAUAAAAAGGUUCGUUCAAGAUAAUAGUAAAAUUGAUCCCUCGAUUUCUCGCAUUCCAUUCAACACGGAGUUGGCAACAAUGAUGGGGUGCUUGAAGCACAAAAACUUGGUACAGUUACAAGGGUGGUGCUGUGAGAGGAAUGAACUAGUUCUAGUUUAUGAGCUCAUGGCGAAUGGAAGCCUCGACAAAAUCCUCCACAAUCGGACGAGUUUAACGAAGUUUCUCACCUGGGAACGAAGAUUGAAUGUAAUUCGUGGAGUGGCUUCUGCUCUUAUAUACUUACAUGAAGAAUGUGAAAGCCAGAUAAUCCACAGAGAUGUCAAAACUUGCAAUAUAUUGCUCGAUGCAGAGUUCAAUGCAAAACUUGGCGAUUUCGGGUUAGCAGAAGUUUAUAGGCAUAGUUUUAGGACACGAGACGCCACUGUCCCUGCCGGAACAAUGGGCUAUUUGGCACCGGAAUACGCUUUUUCGGGCGUCCCGACAGUGAAAACUGAUGUGUACAGCUUUGGGGUGGUGGUGCUGGAAGUGGCAUCAGGGAGGAGGCCAGUUGAUGAAGAAAGACUCGUGAUUACUGAUUAUGUGUGGGAUUUGUGGGAACAAGGGGUGAUUUUAGAGGCAGCUGACCCUAAACUCAUGGGGCAUUUUAACAGGAUGGAAAUGGAGAGGACACUUAUUGUGGGGCUUUCUUGUGCAUAUCCAAAUUGUGAGAAAAGGCCAGUCAUGAGAGAGGCUGCAAGAAUGCUUAAAGGGGAAUCCCCAAUUCCAGUUUUGCCUUCAAAGAAACCUAUUCUGAGAAUUCAAUCUGUUUUGCCUGAGGGUUGUGAAGAAAUUAUGAAUUUUGGUGGAGAUAUUGAUGGCACUCCAUGGUCUACCCCAAGAACGCAUUUUAGCAAGAAUUAG